AUGAAGCUUUCCACUGGCCUGGUUCUGGCUGGCCUGUCCUUGGCGACGGCAGCCACGAGUGAUGAGAACCUCCACGACGCUAAGAAGGUCACUCCUCCCAAGGGAAAGUGGUUUGACCGAUACGUGGUGAUAGUCUUGGAGAACACCAACAAGGAUGUUACUUUCGGCAACCCUUACUUUCUCAACCUCACCAACAUGGGCAUGACGCUUGGCAACUACCACGCUAAUUUGCACUACUCAUCCGUCUCAGCCCUACAGCCGAACUAUAUUACCAUGAUUUCAAACACAAUUGCUGCUGGUGUUUACGAUGAUGCCGACCACAACAGCACCGAGAUGAGUCUGAUUGACUUGUUCGAGCCCGCUGGCCUAUAUGGAGGGCUACACCCCCUGGAGAACAGUGAGAGCAAUCCGAUCUCCGAGGACGACUCCACUCUCUAUGUCCGAAAGCAUAACCCUUUUAUGUCCUUCGACAACAUCCGUAACAACACUUCUCGCUGCCAGAAAAUUGUCAACGCUGAGCAGAAUUUUGCUAACGACGUUGCUCUGGGUGCCGAUGCUCCUAUGUAUAUGUUCUACACCCCGAAUCUUGCCAACGACGCCCACAACACCAACAUUUCUUUCACCGCAGAGGACGUACAGUAUCUGAUGGACACUAUGCUAAGCAACAAGGAGUUUAUGAAGAAAACUUUGAUUGUCAUUACUUUCGAUGAGAACAAUAUCUACAUUAACGACAACUUCGGUCUGCCUAACUCGAUUUAUACCGUCCUCCUGGGUAACGACACUAUUAAGUGCUAUGAUUGCGUUGACCAGCAAUACUACGACCAUUUCUCUCAGGUCGUGACCCUCGAGAGGAACUGGAAUCUCGGCACAAUUCCCCAGCCUGAUGGUAGCGGAGAGGGCAUGGACAUGUGGUGGCGCCCCUUUGGUAUGCUUCAUUCCUCCUCGGAUAAGAUUUGCGCGUACGCUCCUUGUUCUUAG